AUAUGCUUUAUAACAGUAGACGGCGGAUGGUCGGAUUGGUCGGCGUGGAGCGGCUGUGCGGCUGGCAUUUGCGCGGGAAAUCAGCGUAUUCGGACAAGAACCUGCACCAAUCCCUUACCAAGUGAAGAUGGAGCUUGGUGCACAGGAGAAAAUGCAGAGCAGUUGGAUUGUAUGAGUAAGUGUUCAAUGAUCAAUUUUUUUCCAUAAAAUAAAAGCACUAGGAAAGCACCAUUGAAGCUUGCCUUUUUAAUGCAGUAUCUGUAAAUACGAUAAAACAUAAGCGAACAGGUUAACCUAAUCUUACGUGUACAUAAAUUUUAUUUUAGUUGAUGGAGGUUACACAGAAUGGAGUCAGUGGUCACUAUGUGAAGAGCCCUGUGGGGGCUCCGUAGUCAACAGAACCAGAACAUGUACUAACCCUACCCCCACUUCGGAUGGGAACCCAUGCUCUGGAGACGCAUUUCAAACAAAACUGGAAUGCACAUCUCCAUGCGCAAGUAAGUUAUUUUUCAUUGCCUUUAAAUAAAACGUUCCAAAAAAAUAUACUACGUGGUUCUUCUGGAAAAAACAAAUUGUUCUUUACUUAAUAGCCUAGCCUAUUCCGGGCUUUCAGAUAGUAAGGAUGACGCGGGAGUGACAGGCAUGCGAAAAUAUGAGCGUGUGAUCUGGGAAAAGGGGGCGAUGCAUAGCAAUUUCCUCCCCUUUCAUUUUCGUGUUUGCGCUCUCUCAAUUUUGCAGACGUGAUUAUCUCGGAACCUGGAACAGACUCCACCAAUGAUCAUUGUGUGUUUUUUUAUUCCAUUUGUUUAUUUGUUGAUUAAAAAAAAAAAACGGCUGAAUCACUGUUUUAAUUUUAGCUAGUCCUCUUGACGGUGAAUGGGGUCCUUGGACUCCUUGGACGCAGUGCUCACAAACCUGUGGAAUAUCAGGAGGAAGCAUUUUAAGUAGAACACGAUUGUGCAAUCAGCCUCCUCCUAUGAAUGGCGGGAAGCCCUGUGCUGGUAAUGAUACAGAAACGGCCAAGUCAUGCUUGACGCCUUGUCCAGGUUAGCAAGGUUUUCAUUCAGUUAUUUGCAUUUAAAUAUUCCGCAAUUUUCCAUUCAUGCUCCAAUUAAAGUUUAUCAGCAAACGUCAAAGGAAGUCCAAUAAUAGAAAAACAAAAUCUAAAUUAACAAAUAAAUUGAUUAAAAUAAUCUUCAUCCGAGCUGACCCAUUAUCUUUUAAGAUUACAUAUAGCGGAGGGUUCUGGAAUAAUUGAUAUCUGUUUAUGUUCAGUCCUUGAUGUUAUUGGAGGCUAAAUGACCCUUUGCGUUAUUUGAUUCAGUCGAUUCUAGCAUUUGUUUUUUUGUUUUGUUUUGUUUUGUUUUGUUUUUUUUUUAUGAAAACAACCAAGUAUUCAGUAUUAAUUGCCGUAUUUUUAUCGUCAGUCGAUGGUGGCUUCAGUUUGUGGUCCACGUGGACAACGUGCAGUGCGACGUGUGGGACUGGAACCCAAUCAAGAAACAGAACAUGUACGAACCCUGUCCCCGCCAGCAAUGGACUGAAUUGCACAGGAGACUAUAGUGAGGCAACGAGCUGUAAAAUCGCUUCCUGCCCUGGUAAAUAACGCUUAAGUGUUUUUUUCCAUCCACUAGUAAAGAUGCAUUGCAUGUAGCCCCAGGUAGAAAGGCUUAGAGUGCGAUGUCUGAAGUUGAAGUCCUGCUCAGACGACUACUCUCUUAAGUCCGACUCCUCCGUCACCUUUGUGAACGGCCAACUGCCGACCGGGAUUUUAGAACAUGUUCAAUUGCAUACGAAUUACGUUAUUUGUUGUAACUAUCAGAACGGAACGCCACUAUCAACAUUGGAUCCUAAUAGCAUACAUUGAAAUUUCACGAUGAGAAAAGAUGUAGACUUAAUCACCAAAGCUACAAAUGCAACAUUCAUUUAUUUGUCGAACACCCGAAAACAUCAAGGGUGCACUUGACCAAAAAGACAUUGAUCUGAUCUUCGUUCUUUUUCCUGUGCUGUGAGUCAAUUUGCAGAUGAAACUUCUUGGCCUUUUCCAGUAGAUUUAAUGCCGAGUGUUCUUUUGUUUUUAAGCAAAGUGAACGGUACUGCAACAGUCUAAUCGAAACACGAAUAACCCAAACACAUAAAAUAGGAUAGAUCAAAAUGUUUUUAAAAGUAUUUCUAAUCUAAUGAAAAUUGAUCUUUAAAGGUGCAAUUGACGGAGGAUUUUCAGAGUGGUCUAACUGGACCGCAUGUUCAGAACCCCAGUAUUGUUUACAAGGCUUUUCAAAGCGAACGCGUACUUGCACUAAUCCACCUCCAGCAAAUGGCGGAGAUGACUGUGUGGGAUUGUCAGUGGAGAAUAAAGAUUGUCCCACUCAAGCAGAUGGAUGUACAGGUAAGAUACAGCUAUUUCGAGAAAGAUUGUCGGAAAAAGUGCACGCGACUAUCCUGAAAGGUAUUGUGGGUGGUUUUGAGUUCACUAGCUGUUCUUCAAAGACGUUUGAAAGAAUGACACGAGAGGCCAUGAACGUAUGUUUGCGAGUGCUAAAAGAAAGCCACAAAAGUAGGUUAGACAGCUACAGUGUCAGGAACAGGGUGUAUUGAUUACAUCCCAUAUCAGUACCUUUCGGGAUUGUCGCGUGCACAAUUUUUCCGACAAGCUUUCUCGGAAUAGCUGUAUACAUUUACUAGCCAGUUAACUGACAAGGUAAAUAUUUUAAAUGAAUAAUAAUUAACUUUUAUUUCAAGAUGCUGACGGGCUCUUAGCGUAAUUUUGAAUCUAGCGCGAAUGUACAAGCUUAAAUGUUACGACUAAGUAUAACGCAUAAACGAACUGCUCCACGGAAACUGAAAUAAUGCAUGACUACAUAUGAGCUCAGUUGCAAUGUUUACAACUAGUGAAAAAUUUAGACCAAAAUUUAAAGAUUUAAAAAAAAUUUGUUGUCAGAUUUACUAUGAUCUGCUCAACAGAAAUAAUAAAUCAGCGCCGAUAAAAUCGAGCGACGUCUUGGUGUCUUUUCUAGUUCAAGAUAUUCAGAGCAGUUUGUGAGAAUAAACUGGCAGGAGAUCAGCUGUAAUAAUAAUUAUGCGGUGUCACUGAAACGGUUUGUCCCUGAUCGAGUCCGAUUGGACACUAUUAGAGAUGGUGUCUGAGUUCUCUAUUAACUUAAAGAUGUUAUAUUUCGUGCACAGCUAAACGAAGGGGCUUAAAGUGGUCGCAAGUAGAAGCUUACUUGUUCUUGUCUGGCUCAUCUGCUGGUUUUGCAUCACACAAGUCGCAUUGAAAUAGAAUUUCACAUGCAAUAGUCUUCUCUCUUGCACUUUAGGCUAGCUGCUCUAUCAACCUAUUUAACAUAGACUUGUUGAAUGAAUGCGGUCAAAGUGCGAGUCUUUUGGCCUAGAACUGUAGCUUGUGAGUACUGUUGCGGUCUAUUAUUUUCUUUUCCUUUAGUCUACCAGCCGAGUAAACCAGACAAAACGUCUGUUGACCCAAAAUCCUGGAUAGCUCUGGAGUGUGGAGCGACAGAAAAAUUCUCAGCAACGGGAGCGUACAAAGAGGACGUUCCCUCUGCUGUGUAUUCAAACUUUGAUUUUAUGAAAACCGAGCUGGAAAGCGGCUGGUUUGCGAUCAAAAUUGAAGCCGAUGAUCAAGAUGAUUAUGGAAUAAAGAAUCUCACAAAGGUUUGUUUUAAAAGCGUUUAUUUGCAAUAGGCGAAACUUGUAUACACCGAAGAAAUUCUUGCGGGAUAAAAACACAGUACUUAUUAACUAACUAAGUAAUUCGAAAAGUGAGUAAUUAAAGAUGUGUUCAGAUUUCCACUGCUUGAAGUUGGAUAUUUUGCCGGUAGCCUGUUGAGGAGUUUUAUGUCCAUUUAGCUCUCCUUAAAAUUUAAACUGGGAAUGGGGAAAUUUCUUGGCGACAUAUUUGUCAAAGUCCAUUUCAGAAACAGAACCUGAGAAAGCUUCAAUGCUUUCCUUGAAAAUUUUACACUAAAAAGCCAGUGGUUAAAAACAGCUUAACCCUUUCACUCCUAUACUGAGUCAGGUGGGAUUAUUUUUCACACUAACUUUUUAAAUCUGUAAACCAAAUUCUCUGGUGUUAUUUUUAAAAUGAAUUAACCUUUUUGGCAUAGAUUCAAAAGGGGAAGGGGAGGGGGGAAAAGGGAGAGGGGAAUGGGGAGAAAUGGAAACGGAUCUUUCUGGUCCCUUCACGCUUUUCUCACGCGUGGCAGCGUAGAACUUUUGCUUAGCAUAUUUAUUUAUCAGGAUUUGGCAAAAAUAAAUUUGAAUUUCUGUGAGCUUUUUUCCUUAGAGUAAAAUCGUCAAGUGUUAAUUUCAUUUAUAUGUCUUGUUUCCUCGUUAAGGUUUGUUUCGAAAUUAUCGACCCGUUGACCAUUAAGAAGGUCGUGGACAACAAGGCAACGUACUACUCCACGAUUGACGUCCUCCCAGAGUGGACGCGUCCUAACGAAACAGAAAACGUACCGGCUAUUUCAAUCUGGAUUGACGAUGCACAGGCCCUUAGAAAAUACGAGUUUCAGUGCUCAAAGGCUGAUGAAUAUUCACCGUUGAGUGGAUAUAAGAUAACCGAUGUUAGGUUAGUCAUUAUGUUGUUCAUUUGAAAAUUUCUGGGGAGGGUAAAGGCUGAUGAAUAUUCACCGUUGAGUGGAUAUAAGAUAACCGAUGUUAGGUUAGUCAUUAUGUUGUUCAUUUGAAGUUUCUGAGUAACUGACCACCUACCCCUCCCCUAAGUCAAUCUCACUUGGGCUAAAAUUGUGACUAAGGGGAGGGGUAGGUGCUCGAAGGCUGAUGAAUAUUCACCGUUGAGUAGAUAUAAGAUAACCGAUGUUACGUUAGUCAAAUUUGGGGUAAUUGACCACCCCCCCCCUAGUGAAUAUUCACCGUUGAGUGGAUAUAAGAUAACCUAUGUUAGUUUAGUCAUUAUAUGGUUCAUUUGAAGUUUCUGGGUAACUGACCACCUGCUCCUCCCCUAAGUCAUUAUUAACACUUACUUCUCACUUAGGGUAAAAUUGUGACUUAGGGGAGGGGUAGGUGGUCAGUUAUGGUUCCCCUAGCCUGUUCACAGGCCCUCUAUUUUCUCUUUUAAGAUCGUCGAGCGCGCGUAUGAAAAUAACAACCGCAGGAGAUUUAUUGACUGUGCUUGUCGAUUAUCAAAAAGAGAAAGAAAACAACGUCUGUGUGCAGGCUAUGCUUCGCAUGAAAUACAUUCUUUGUCCCGUUUGCGACGUUUAGGGAUUUGUUACUCAACCGUCCUUGUGUAAAUGCUUGCGGUAAUCCAAGAUGAAUCAACCGUUGACCUGCCAUCAAGCGUUCAUUUGUUGUUUUAAAUUUUUCUUUGCGCCAUACGAAUCUGUCUCACAGUUAUUACAGAAGCUACGUAACGGCCACUACGUCUUGAUGGGCUUUUUGCUACGUACCUGUUUUCAUCUAUUCCGUUGAUUAUAUUAUAGAUUUUAUGGUAUCUGUUAACCAAAGGGUUGGUUCCGUCUGGAACUCUGGGAAAGGUUAUUCCACGGGUAACUCGCCCGUCUGCUUAUCUUUUCUCUUUCAUCAUACUUCCUCCUUGACAGACACCUCAAAAUUUGCUGCCACAGUCUCUGUGUUUUCUUGGGUUUCUUUAAGGAGUCUUAUGUUCUCUUGUAAAUAAGUAUAAAUAAUUACAGACGAAACCAGCACUAGGCUCUAGUUUGGUUAGGUUUAUAGGGAUUUGCAUCUUUCACUUAAAUGAAGUUUGUGUGUUAUUAGGUUCUUGUAUUAUACAGAGGGAAAUUCUCAGACAUUCAAGGCAAAAGGUGACUACACACUGGAAACUGGGAACGUCUUUGCAUCAGAAGUUUGGACAGAUGUUCAGUCAGGAGGUGUAUAUGCUGAGGGGACAGCUGACUCUGCCACAUUUGAAGAAUUGAUGUCUUCACAUGGUGUAAAUCCAGUCGAUAUGCCAGAUUACUUUGUCGAUGCCCUCGAGUAAGUUGCUAUGUUUACUCUUUUUAUUCUGCAGGCCAGGUUAUGCCGCUUACCCUUGCAGCUUUGCUUGUGCAUGUUAAAGCGUUAGCAAUAAAAUCCUGAAUAUUAGAUUUGCGUCUGUCAUAACCAUGCAUUUUUUGUCAACUCUUGUGUUACCUACAAACCCUUCCAACCAAAAAGAAUUUCGGUAGACCCUUAUUUCACUCUUCUCUCCGAUACUAGUAAAUGGGGAGCAUGAAAAAGAAGGCUGUAUUGUUAUACGGCAUUUUGAUAAAGCAAACGAGGGAUUAAUUAGCAAGGAAAUGAUAAUAUGAAUUAUAGCUCGAUGCAAAUUUUUCUCAUUUUCAUUGGCCGACGGCCCGCCACUAUCCUGGGUACCACCGAAUUCGGUGUUGGCCGAAGGCCGAAGCCACUAGCGGCGAAGCACGGGUCACUAUAAAGACGUGACAGAAACCGGAAACCGCGCUAAAAAGGUCUCUGUCACCCAGGGUAGCACACCACGUGAUCUGCAAAUAAUUGCCCACAAAUAAUGGUCUGUUCAUCCGCAAUGUCGUUCAACUGUGUUUAGCUGCAACCAAUUUUCUGCUCGUGUGUAAAUGAAACCACGUUUUUCUUCUUCUUCUUCUUGCGAUCGCUCUUGCGUGAAAAUGGCAGAUCGAUUGCUUCUCUGACCUUUCAAAGAGCAAUUUGUGAUCGAACGGUAAAACAAUGAAUGAGCUCGGUUAUCGCAAAAUAUCGUGAUUUGUCAGUGUCUCGCAGAUCAAUUAUUUGCCUCAGAGUUCGGCUUCGGUAAAUAACUGAUCUGCUCGCCACUUACAAAUCACGAUAUUUUCUGGACCCUGUCCAAUAAAUGUUUAUCAUUUUCUUGUCUUUCGAAAUUUAGGGGAGCGGGUCUGUGGGAUUUUACUCUCGAGCCUGUAGAGUACCUGAGGAAACUGGAAAAGAGUGGUAUCUACCGUAUAACAGGUUCUUUUGACAUAGUUGGUGUUCCGAUCCACGUCGAAGUUUUGACGGGUAUGAAGUAUGCUCGACCCCAGUUUGCCGUUGGCUUCUCUUUCGAUCAAGAAUCGUACGGUAAAUUGUCAGAACAGUUAUCGGGAAUUGGAGUGGAUUUCUUGGAUGUAAUUGGACUCAACCUGGAGGUAUUUUGUCGAAAUGUCGUGACCGUGAGGUCCUUAGAAUCGGUUCCCUAUAUUGCCAAUGAAGUAAUAAUAAUAAUAAUAAUAGAAACUUUAUUUGUGUUUUUGAAUGUGCAAUUGUAAAUCUCGCUACGUAUAGGCAAUUUACAAAUGCUGCUUGAGAUUGGAUUAUUACAAAGAAAAAAAAAAGCAAAAAAACAAAAAAACAAAACAAAACAAAAGCCAAAAAAAAAAAUCAAAGUCUGGGCUAUCCCAGUUCCUAUUUCUACAACAAAAGAUGUAAUAUGUUGCUCUAAUGGCCAUAUUUAUCAUUUUCUUGAUUAUAUAACGUUGCUGCUUUUUGUCAAUGCCAAUGUAAUUCAUCAUGUGUAAGAACGUGGAGCAUUCAUCGGAGAAAACGCCAAGGGAACUCAUGGAGAGAUUUACAAAUCUCACACAUCUGUAAUUUCUACUCAUUUCGUUGAUCAAGUUCAGAUAUUUUUCUUUCUUACGCACUGCAUUGUUGUUAAGGUUAGACUCGAAACCAACUGUUAAUUCUAGAACAUAUACGGCACUUGGACUGGAUUAGGAAAAGAAGAUCUGGACGAUAAUUUUCACCAAUUAUUAUUGAGGGAUUCAGAAAACCAUUAACAUCUGCAUAGAGUGAAGAGUGAACAUUAAUUACAGGUUGAAGUGACUUGGCAAUGAAGUUAAGGAUUGAGUCGUGUCUCCAGGUAAAGCGAUCAAGGUACUGUUGACAACCAGCGACAACAUGAAGGAGUGAUUCAGGAUUAAGACAAAAGGAGCAAUCAGGACUUUGUGAUAAUCCCCGUCUUGCCAUAUUCUUACGUGUAGAGAGGGAGUUGUUGAUGUAGCGGAUUGUAAAAUUGUAAAUGUUCUUGGGUAGAUGAGACUGGACCUCUGACCAAAUAGAAUUUACAGAUGACAAUGAGUACUUAACAUUCGAGAAGAAGAAAUCUUGAGAUGUUGGGUGGUGUUGCAUUUUAUCCUCUUGAUUAGAACGGAAAUCUUUAAGAACUUCCGCAGUGGAUAUUUGUACACAUCAUAUUGAAUAUUAGUGUGACAGCUUGACGAUUUCCAGAGAUCCUUUGGUGACUCUUUUAAUGAAUUUCGGAGAACUGUUUGGCACUGAGUAAAUUUAAUAGAGGGAGGGCAAAUAUUAAGACCAAAUUUAUUUGUGUUCUAGGAAAACAUUGCUCAGUGUUCCAGAUAUCGGAAUAUCAAGCCAUUUUCGAAUAAAGCCAUUCACUACAGAGUCGAGAUGUUCUGUUAUCCAGGUUUUGGAUAUAUUAGCUAUAGUGAAAUGCCAGGACAAUUUAGAUAGGACAUAUAGGCUAUACAGAAGAAGUUUGUGUUUAGGAUGUAGUGGCUUUAUAUCAAUGUCAUUCAUCAAGUCUUGUACAAGAGAGGACAAUUCAGACAUGUGUUGGUUGUUAGACAUGUUGAAGUCAAAGAAGCGACCUAAGUAACGAAAUGAUUCACCCGUUUCCAUACAGGGAAUUAGAACUCCAUUGAUCAACAGUUUGGGUAAAUAUUGGACAGAUUUAGUGCACAGUUUCCGUAUUCCAAAAGUAGAACAUUUAUCAACUCUUAUUAUCAUGUUCGACCAAUUACACCAGAUUAUAAAGAUGUUGAUUAGAUGUUGAUUUUCUGAUUCCUGACCGCUUAUGACAAUAAUAAUAAUAAUAAUAAUAAUAAUAAUAAUAAUAAUUAUCUUCUUUUAUAAUUUAAAAUGAAAGCAGUAAAAACAAACUUGUUUUGAAAAAGACACAUUCAGAAUACGGAGGGAAAGAAACCCAAAUGAAAGGCCCAAUCUAACAGCCAAUGCACUGAUGAACCAGAGGAUGAGAUGAACGUAGAUAUAUUGAAAAACAACACAAACUAACAGAAAUUGAACUAGAUAACAUCAAGCAACAGAUUAAAAAUGAAUUGAAUGAACAAAACAACCAAACAGAUAGUGUAGUAGAUGAUGUGUUUGUAGAAGAAGCCAACAAUUGUUGUGAGGAAUCAAAUGAAGAUGAGAUAGAACCAUCACAAAAUCCAUCUGAGAUCGAAGGCCUAGUUAAAGAAAUUAAGAAGGCAAGAGCUGAAUGGGAAAACAUCAGGAUGGCAGAGAGGCCCCCUCUACACAAGAUAUCUGUGAACAGAAAAGCUGAGCUGUUGAUCAAACAAGCAAACCAAGCAAUUCAAUUGGUAAUAGCAGAAGAAGCACCCAAACUCAAUAACAUCAAUUUGUUACAAUAUGUCACUGCGUAUGUCACUCUGAAAAGUUGGGUAAAAUGCCAAAACUCCCAAAGACAAAGAGCAAUAAACGGCAACAACCAAAUGGAGGACAAGAAUAGAGAAUCAGAUUAAAAGCGUGAGACCUGAUCUGUCGGUACCAACGGACAUGGCACAGAAAGGUGAAAGCCAAAAGAUCUCCAAGAAAAAACAAAGAAUUAAAAAGAAAUCCAAAAUAACAACAAAUCAAGAACUGCAAACAGUAAAAGAAUCCCUUAAAAUGAAAAUUCAAGCAAAAGCCCAAAGAAUCAGGAGAUAUGUAAAAAGAAGUAAACAAUUCAGUCAAAACCAGAUGUUUGCAAACGAUAGGAAAAAGUUCUUCAGAAACCUUGGUAAAGACCAGAUAUCAGUUGAAAAACCACCUAAGAAGGAAGAAGCAGAAACAUUUUGGCGUAACAUCUUGGAGAACGAUAGAGAGCACAACCAUUCAGCAGAGUGGAUAAAGAGGGAGGAGCAGAAAUAUGCUGAUACAGAAUGCCAACCAUGGGAGGACAUAAGCCAAGAUGAGUUGCAGACUGUUUUAAAGAAAGCAAGUAACUGGAAGUCACCCGGCCCUGAUGCAGUUCCUAACUUCUGGCUAAAGCAACUCACAGCACUACAUCAACACCUACUGAAUGCAUAUAACCAAGCAAUAGAAAACCCAGAAAAUCUGCCUGAUUGGUUCACUACAGCACAAACAUAUUUACUACAAAAGAACAAAGACACAGAGAACCCCAAAAACUAUGGACCAAUUGCCUGUUUAUCAACAUCCUACAAGGUGCUCACAUCGAUUUUAACUGAAAGAGGCUACACCCAUAUCACAAAGAAUGAUAUAUUGCCGGAAGAACAGAGAGGCUGUGUCAGGGAUUCAUAUGGAUGCAAAGAUCAGCUUCUAAUAAAUAAAAUGAUCAUAGAAGACUGCAAAAAGAAGAAAAAGAACUUGAGUAUGACUUGGAUAGACUACAGAAAAGCCUAUGAUAGUGUUCCUUACAGUUGGAUACUGAAGACCUGACAGAUUUACAGAUUUAAUGAAAAACUAAUCAAGUUCAUGAGAACCUCAAUGAGCAACUGGAAAACUACGAUGAAGCUAUCUUACAAUGAUGGAAGUAUCACAAAAGAUUCAAAAGAUCUGCAUGCUGGGAUCUGCACGAAUCCUCAGAAAGGUGCUCAGUGUAUGAACAGAAUGAUUGACUUGAGUGACUGACGCUUUAGGUGCAUGGUUUGCGCCCGGCUGCUGCACAAAAAGAACACCAGCAAAGACUGUGAUAAUAGAGACAAUAAUAAUUAUAAUAAUAAUAAUGGAAACUUUAUUUGUGUUUUUGAAUGUACAAUUGUAAAUCUCGCUACGUAUAGGUAAUUUACAAUUGGCUGCUUGAGAUUGGAUUAUUGAAAAAAACAAAACAAAACAAAAGCAAAAAAGAAAAAGAAAAAAAAAAGAAAAAAAGAAAGAAAAGAAAUCAAAAUUGCAUUAAGUCUGGGCUAUCCCAGUUCCUAUUUCUGCAACAAAAGAUGUAAUAAUAAUAAUGAUAAUAAUAAUAAUAAUAUUUAUUUACUUAUAUAGCAUUUUAUAAUCCACUGAUUAAUUUUCGCGCGAUUUUAUUGGCUUUUUGGGGUCACGUGGUACCAAAUCGGAGGGCGGGUGUCAGGCAAUACACCUCGUCCGAGUCGAUAUUUCCCCUACGAUUUUUCGCUGGCAAGAAGGCAUGACAAAGUGAGUCUAUUUUCAGUUUUUAUCUUCUUUUAUAAUUUAAAAUGAAAGAAGUAAAAACAAACUUGUUUUGUAUGAUCCAGUUUCACUAAAAUUUUUGAGUUAUUCGCAACUGACAGUUCCGGAAAAUAUAGAAAAAAUCAAUAAAAUAAGCUAUGAAUCCAAGAUGACCAAAAUUUACGAAUUAAGCUUAAUAUUUAUGCAUUUGAACAGAAACUUGAAUACGGCUUUUUACGCAGUCAUAGCUGUCAGCUAUGGAAAAAAAUACUUCAAAGUUGUUUACGAAAAUAAGCCUUUUUUGUUACUUUCAGCAUGGAGAAAAGAGAGAAAAAACGGGUAGCGGGCCAUGAAAGCGAUAAAUUGAUCGAGUCGUACAAUGCGCAACCAGCAGCAGUUCGAGUCAUCUUCGAUUAUCAGACGACUAAUAAGUUUAACCAAAGUAAUUCCGGUCAGUUCAACCUGUUCCUACAGAUGGGCCUCAUUAUUUCUUCUACCUUUUCCUUCUUUGACUUCCUCAUCUUCCGUCCGCAGCAACAAAUCCAGGUUUUGCCAACAGCCCACUACUGUAACACUUAAGUCCUUCAACUGCUCCAGAUUUUUCAGUUUCUGUGUUCCAUAGUUGUGAUCAUUACUUUUCUAGCCCCUUGCAACGGCAGUUAGUGAUAUGGUUGGAUUCUCUUUACUUACAAUUUUUUGAGUAGUUUUCAAAUAGUGAUGUCGGUAAAAUAUAAACUAAAGAGCUACUUUUUCUAGUUUUGAUUUAUGGGCCCCGGCGAAUAAAAAUCCCGCGCAUCUUAACUUGAGAAAUUUUUAAAAUAACCAUAUAGAAAAUUCAAAUCAAAGAAAAAAAUGAUUAGUAUGUGUUAUCAAAUGGUGACGAAUGAAAUAAGGGAAUAAUUUCACGCGUGUUUUGUACAAAUCCUAAUAAUAUAUCGAUCGAGAACUCCACGCACUGAAAAGUUUCGAGCAUAUAUUUAGGUGUGAGUUUGCUAGUUUCUGAAGUUUUUGUCAAAAUGCCUGCUAGAAUCCCUCUUGAUGUACUCUUUCGUGUGGUUAGGUUUUCGUAAUGUCCUGACGUCUUCAUUCAUAACAUUUUAAAACUACAAAAUGUACAAGUACAAUACACAUCAAGUUCCAUUUUGUAUUUUCUGUUGUUAAAUAACGUUUAAACACGCUUAAAAGUUUACUUUUAAAUAUGCCUUUGGCUUGCUCCAGUUUAUCUAUAAAUGUUAAAAAGUUCAGACCUUUGUGGAAAAUAAGAAGAAGUUGAAGAAGCUUGUGUCGUGAAAUUUAAUAACUUUUUUCAUAGUUGCCUAUUGAAGUCGCGAAAAUAAAACCCCGCGAAAUACUGUCUCGCCAAAUCGCGAAAUUAAAGACCAAUACAGUAUUACAUAUUCCUUUUGAUGGUAAAUUUUUUUGUUUUUAUAGAUUGGAAUAUCGUUUCAAGUGUCUGAAAUACUUGGAAUUCAGCAACUAGCAGUUGAUGCAGAAACUACGUUUUCUAAAGAACCUCUUCACAGCUUGGUAACAACUAGCGUUCCAAAUGGAAUCUAUGCAGCGGCCCAGCUUGUUCUACCGAAAGACUGCAAAAACAACAAAUUCUGUGAAAUUGUCAAAAUGAUUCUAGGACCAACAGUUAAAUGGUAUAUAACUGGAAAUUUUGAAUGGAAAAAGAUCAAAGUCGCUACAGGAUUUGCCAAUAUUCGCAUUUGUGAAGGACUUUCUUUUAGCAAGCUUGAGUUAUAUGUUGAGGUGAGUGUUACUGGAUUUAUUUAGUUUUGAUUUAAGAAAAUUAACAUUUUAGUAAACUAUCCAGCAGUGCAACUACGUAGAUAUUCUUUGCUAAAUUUUUAAUCGAAAAAUUAAUGUCCAAAUUUUUUUAGGUAUGGUAAAAGUAACGCGUAUAUACGACGUGUUUGCAGCAGGGGGCAAAAAAAUGCAAAUGCCUCUUUGGGAUGGGGUAAAAUUGUCAUUUGCCAUUUGCCUUUUAAAGGGAAAAAUGUUGUAUCAAGUACGUACCUUGUACCAUGCCGCGUCAGCCUACUAGCAAGCUCUCCUUCCUUUAUCGCCUCGCCGCCAUGACGCCACAGAGAGCUUGCUCGUAGUUUAUGACACUUUGUCGUAGUCAGUGGGUCGAGGCAAUUAUGCUGAAAUCAUUUCAAUGGCAGUUUCAAUGGAACCUUGACAUAACGAACCUCUCCAUAUAAAGAAAUACUUGGUAUAGCGAAAAUAUUUUGCCAGUCGCUUAGCCCUUCGUUAUAUCGAGGUUCCCGACUGUAUUCAUUGUAUCAAUCCAAUUGUACAUGUCACGGCCAUUUCAUAGUGAACUUCUUCUUCGUCCUUCUCCAUUGAUUGCAUGUUUCUUCUGUUUUCAUUCUUAGGCGGAAUUCAACAACACACACACGCAUACCAAGAUGGGUUUCCACGCUGAAAUAGAAGUUCCUGUUAAUGGAGAGAUCGAGCGUGACGGGAUCAAAGCUCCCGGCAAUGAACUCUUCUUGUUUGGUGUGUUAGAGUACGACUUCCUGGAACAAGAAGUAUCCGGAAAGCUGGGUAUGCGAGGAAUGUGGCGAAAGGCUUACUGGAUUGAUUGGUUAUCUAUGGGGGAUAUUUUUGUUGGGUAAGACCGUAUUCAUUUAAUGAAAACACCGCAUGGCUAACAGCACGCAUUGUGCACUCACUUACUGUAUAUCAAAACGAAAGAGGGAUCAGUCUCGGCUGUCUCCACUGGCGACGUUAUCGUCGAUUAAAUGCGAGUUUGUUAGAACUUACAUAUCUUUAACUUUAAUUUGGUUACAACGUAAUAAUAAUGAUGAUGACGAUGAGGAUGAUGAUGAUGAGGGAGGAGGAGGAGGAGGAUGAAAAUGAAUAUGAUGAUGUUGAUGUUGAUGAUGUUUACGAUUUAUAGCACUGCUGCUAGUGGGGUGGAUCAAAUGCCCGAAACAAAUAAUUUAACACCAAACUUCUCAAGGUUAAGAAUUGGUUUGGAGACAAACCAGCUGGCUGUUAACAAGCGUUGCCGAGAAUUUGAACUCGUGACUACCUUGAACAAAUCAAGCUAGCUGUCAGAGGGGGACUUGAACUCUGGGCCACCGAAUUGCAAGAGUAGCGCUCUCAAUCAAAAGCCGGGGGGGGUAGUAUUCCUUCCAAUGGGUUAUACUGAGAGGCUCCACCCGAAAGGGGCACCUUUUUCAGGCCUCAGGUAUAUAAAAGGGUAGGGCUUUGACGAGUUGAAGUAUAUGAAAUCUGUCAUAUCGGCCUUUGCUAUGACCAAAAUGGGCUACAGCAGGACUUUAUGGCUGUGAAAUAGUCAAGAAAACUUUUGCGUAUUGUGAUUUAUUCACAUUCAAAAUACAAUGGAUUUACAGCAGUUAAAAGGAAUUAAUGCAAAGUUCUUAACUACGUAUGUGAAAGGGGUACCAUUUGUCAAUGGAAUUAAGGUAUACGAAAGGAAUACCUUUUUCUGUCAAAAAUGGUAUAUAAAUGGUUAAGAGGUUACUGUUAGACCCCUGGGCGGAGCAUCCCCCUAAACAAAACUUUGUUAAGUACCCUCCCGGAUUGAAGGCCGAUGCCUUUUGUCUCUGUUUGAGAUAUGAACAGGAUUUUAGGAUUCACGCAAGUGUUAAUAAAUUCGAACAUUCAGUUCCAUGAAAAGACUAGAAAGGUUUUGAUACAUAUUGGGCUUUAAUUGACAGGCUGACUUACAAAGUUGGAGCGCCUAUACCCAUAACUGGUGUGCAAUUUGGAAUGGCAGUUGAAUUUGGUUACGACUGUCUUAUACCAGCAGACUUUAAUGAUGACGUGAGUGUCAAUUUUAUCUUAAAAUUAUGAUAACGUCUUUUUCACCCAGAAUCAGUAUGUCUGAUUUAAAGGCAAUAAAAUGCAAUUGCGCUCUUAAGAUCGGACCGUGGCUGAGAUCUUUCGAAUCCAGGUUUAGGGGGAGGGGAUUAAACUGGUUGCCGACUUCCACUCUAUAGUACAAUAAAACAUAGUUAAUACGGACAUCAAAGGGUCACCGACAGCAAACUCAGCUUGUCUUAUCCGUUGUCCAUAUAAAGCAGGCUUCUGAGAGGUAACUACGCCGUUAUUUCUGUAAUUUCCAGUUUUUGGGUCAGACAAAGGCGCCUAAUAUAAAUUAAGAAAAAACUUAAUGAUCUAACAGAUAAGAUCUAUCGAGUCAGUGCACAACACAGGCGUCCGAAGGGCAGGAUUAACAAGUAUGAAAGCGUUUCACUCGGGUCACAAGAAAGUGUCUGUUGUCCUUAACCCGUCACAGCAUAGAGGAAAAUUAUAUUGAGCUUUCUAUUGGGACAAAGAAACUCUCUUUUAUAUUAAGGUCUUUCUUUUAAAGCGUUGGGUUGAGCCCCUUCAACAGAAUGAACAAAUUUGUCUAAAGAAACAAACUUUACUUAAUUAGUUCCCAACAAACGUUUCUCAAAACCCGGAGUCAAGUAAUUCCGGCGAGUCUAAAAAUCCACUUGGUUUAGUCGUGUGAAUAUCGCCUGACCAAAUCGUCAAAUUGUCGUUUCAUUAUAAACGGAAGUGAAAACGAUCAUGUACUUAACAAAAAUCUAACCAAUCUUUUACUCUCAGGGUCAUUGUUUUGGAGGUAGCGGAUACGUUGGUGUUGGGGAGCCACAGUUCUUCUACGCGUCUAUAACAGCGCUAACACUGGGAAAAGUCUUUAGAUUAUUUGGAGCAACAUUUCAGCUUCCCCCACCCAUUGCAGCUACAGGCUUCCCAGAAGGCGCUGAGGUAAUAUUGAUAUAGGUUCUCAUUACGUAUUACUUUACACACUAAGUAAACAUGCAUUGAAUUAUUACUCACGAAGACAUUCAGGCUUCCUCAUCAAAUACCGACACUUAGGUGCACUGGCAAUAGCGAGCUCAAGCAAACACGGCGGCGACGACCAGACCAAAUUUUUUAUUUGUUAGCCAGUCUCCAAUACCUAGGGGACUCUCUCCUCCGCAGAAGCGAACGCUGGUUAUUCCAAAAAAAAAAACGCAAUAAUAAAAAAAUAAUAGGUAUGUGGUGGACAAUAAGAAGAGAGAAAAUGCGGAAGGCUCUCUUCCUUCCAUCCUCGGAGACCCAGGGGCGGUCAGUGGGGUCAGAUUGAGAAGAAAAGUCGGGAGGAACGUUCUCCGAGGAUGUCUUCCUUCCUUUCCCCUACCGAUCGUUCCUCUCCCCUUUUUUCCGCUCUACCCAGCCUCCCUGCGACACUUAACUUUCUGUGCCUUUUGCUCUGGGCUGGCUUGUUCAGCGGGUUAAGAUAACCCAGGCUUUGUGCGAAAUUUGAAUUCAGAUACAAAAGCUUUUAAAAGCAAACGCAAAGCUAGUUUAAUUCCUUUGGUCUGCAAUUUGGUCAUUGGAUGGUUUAAAAAAGAAUAGGGAAAAUUAUCCGAGAAUUUAAUGUCUAAACAUUUGUUUUUUGUAGAGUUCAUACGCGACAGCAGAUUUUGACUUGCGAGUCGCUGGUGGUCCAUAUAUCUACCAAGGCUUCAUGAUUAAAGGAACGGUCAACAUUCUGGGAUGGGGGAUUUUUGCGCAUGUCACGUUAUCAGAAACGGUGAGUUGUAUACAUCUGUCGCCGCCACAUUUCAGUAUUUUUCAAGUACUCUAUACGAACAUGGCGGUCAGUGCAGGAAUAUUGAUAAAUCCCCUUUUUAGAUUUCCUUCAGAGAGCUGUUUCUUUGAUUUGAUGACUGCUAGCAUCACAAUGAUUACUUCUACAAAAAAAGUAGUAGUUUCCAGGGUUUUCAUGAAGAGUUCUAGUAGCAGUAGAAAGGAGAACAGGAGAAUACUUUAAAGAGUCUCCGCCUCUGAAUAAAAAUUGUUAUAGGCUACGGAACGUUAGCCGAAGAAUUCUCCGAUCUCUGAUACCUAAUUAACACCUUGAGUUUCAAGCCCGUUUUGCCCAUAGGAAUUGUUUUGGACUGUUUUUAUCUGCUCAUGUUCUAUUUAAGAAAUUGUCACUUAUAUCUGAUGUUUGCCGUUUGUGGUAAAUGGGACUCUAUAUCUCUCAAGUGAUACAAUAUUUUCUCCAAUCCUUUUGCGAACUCAUCGCGAAAAAAAAAACCUCUCCGUUUAUUUUGAAACAGGGUGAUCGGUAAUGCUUCUUUUACUCUUAUUUUUUUUUCGUUGCUUCAUUUCAAAUUAUUUCUCCUUUAGCUAACACGCUUGAAUUAGACCAGCUUAAUAGAAAAGAGAUUUUGAUUCUCACUCCUAAAACGUUUCAGUAACAUCACUUGCAUGAAACCUGCCACGCCCACCUCAGUCAUUUCUGAUUGGAUAAUUAUAUGAUUAAAACCUUUAUCUUACUGAUUUUUAUUCAGGCAAUUUUUGUGGAUUUGAAGCCUGACCCAGUGGAUAUUUUAGGCAUUGCCAAAAUAGUUCGAAGUCCAACCAACAGCAGCCAAGGGCCAUGGUUUUAUGUUGACGCGAGACAGUCCCCGCCGUACCUUGAGGUGAGAUUUCACUUUGUUUUUCAGUGUACAUCAGGCAGUUACAUGUAACAUGAAAGAUGUGUACAGUCAACCAAUGCAACUCCGUGCUAACUUUCCAGUUCGUAUAUGGGCCGCUUUUUCAUGUUUCUCAAGGUACAAGUUAUUGUGUAAGUUAUUCAGUUUUCAAACUACUUAAUUUCGAUUCUACUUGUACUUCUUCUUAAACUGUUAAUACUGAAUCUGUUAAAAGUAAUGCUUUGUAUGUAGUUUUGGUAUUACUUUAUCACAAUUAGGCGUAUAUCGAGGGAUACACGAAGCUUCUAGGAAUCUCAACUUACUGCCGCAUGAACCUUACAAUGACCCACAUGGAGUUACUACUUCAGGGAGAUUUUCUCGGUCUUAUAAAAGCUGAAGUUUUUGUAUCUGCAAGUUACAGUCUAACCUUCGACAGCGCUGAAUUUUACGUCAGGGUAACGGUGGACUUGGAUGGAAUAAACGAGGUGAGAAAGACUUUGAUUUGCUCUGUCUCCGUCCAAUACAGCAUCCCCGCAUUUUUAGAAUUAUUUAGUGUAGAGUGUUCUGUUAGAUAUGAUUAUGAUGAUGAUUGUGAUUGACAGUACCGUAACCAAAUUCCUUUUAUCUUUUAGAAAUGUUAAGGUACUUAAGAUUACGAAGUGAGGCUUUAAUCCGUUUCUUUGUAAACAAUAUUUUAACUUGACACAGAUAGCGUGCAUAAAGCUGUACAAGAUAACACUCGUGCAGAAUGACCUGUAGUUGUCAGCAUCUUAUUUGCAUUUCUAGGUCUUAUGACGUUCAUAUUUCUUAUGUCCAUUGGCGACAGUGUCUUCCAUAUUUUGGCUUCGCUGUACCUAAACGAUUCCUGGUACUUCUCACCAGGGGAAGGUGUUUUAUGAGUGAUGGUUACGUAAUUAGGCAAAUUCAUUUGUUUCCCAGGCCCUGGACGAGGCCGCCAAAGCUGUUCAAGCUACUUUCGAUGCAGCAGAAAAAGAACUGAGGAAUGCCAGAGAAGCUGUUGUGGAAGCAAAGGAAGAUUGCAAAAGAAAAAUGUCACUAGAAUGCGAUAGCUGUAAGAAUCUAAAAUGCAAGGAAGCAGAGGAGAAUUGUAAAGGACAUUUGGAUGCGGCUGGCAAGUGGAUAAGUAAAAAUAUCCUAGCUCCGGUAAGUGCCAUAGCAGUAAAUACCUUUCUUAGCACAUUCUGCUAUGAAAUAAUCACAGCAUUUUGAUUUGUACAGAUUGAACUCGCUCUCACACCGAUCUCUCCACUGACUACUAAAAUCUACAUCAUGCAGGAAUUUCCUUUACAAAAGGAAAACUUAAUUAUGGGAAAAUAAUUCCCCAACAUUGAAUAACCUGGUCUUUCUUGAAGUUAUCUUACUACAACCUGUAUUACAGGAUAGCUUUGAAAAAGUGCCUGAGGUUGGGAGAAAGAAUAAGCUAUAACUUGAAUUUUCACAGCAUUACUUAAAAACGUCAAAACGUCCGGACUCGGUACAGACCCUUCGUCCUUGUUCUUUGAAGUAGUAAGGCCUGGAAAAAGUAGUGAAGAUCGCGAGUAAUUCUGGAAAGAGCGAAAGGGCUUUUGUUUAUGUAAUGCUCUCUGGUGUCCAACUAUUCUGAUAAAAAGGUAGCCUGUAUAUACUGCCACUUACAGCAUUCUCGACGCUGGCAGUGACGCUAUCAUGGGCAAGAGACGUCGUCUCUCGACUCACGAGACGUUCUCAGAGACGGGGAGCGACGGGAGGUGGCUGUAUUGACAGGAUUGUAAAAAACCAUUGAAUAGUGCGCAUUCUUACAUUAGAAUGAAUUUCUGCGGUCUCUCUCUUUUCAUCCCUUCAUGUUUCUAUCUUAGCUGACUACAAUCGGCGACAAAAUUGUUAAUACAUUGUACCCAAAUAGGGUAACUUCAGAGAACAAAAAGCACAACAAAAGCUUACGUCUUCCACUCUCGUUCUGUUUAUCCCUUUUCGCUGUUGCUCUCUACCGUUUUCUUUAUCGACAGCGAAACAAACGAAACUAUUCCACUCCAUUUCCGAAAUGUUUUUCACUUUUUUAGCGAGAAAAACUCUUUGAGUAAAACUUUUCUCGUUGAAUGUGUGCGAAGCGGCGCUGCAAGCUCCAAUAAAAGGCGGGAAUUUUGGCGCCAAACUCACACACCUCUGUGGCUUCUGAUUGGACGUAUCAUUUUUCUCACACGUGAAAAAACAUCGUUCGCGGUUCUGAUUGGACGUAUCAUUUUUUUCACGAGUGAAAACCAUCAUUCGCUCCUCUGAUUGGCUAGAACUAAUUUGCGUACGAAAAUUUACGACAUAGCUUUUUGGUGAGUAUUUCUCAGUAUGUAUAUAAUAAAACUGCUUUCUGUCGAUGCACUGAUCAUGUUCAUUGUUUUUUUUGCAAUCUAAGGUUGGAAAAGCAGUGAAGAAAGUUUUUAAGGGGUGGAAAAAGAAGCGCGGACUUGAAAAACUUCGCAACGAUAAUUUUGCUCAACAUCUUCGGCGGCGACGUUUUGUCAGUAAAUUCAUCUGUGAAGGAAUUGUUGGAGGAAGUUGUGAAGGUUGGUUAAGUGACGAAUUCCCAGUAGAGGUUUUUAUCUUGUGCUUUAUAAAUUUAAACAAUUAACAUUUUGACUUUCACAGGUGAUCAAUUAUCUGGCAUAGUCUUUCCCCUCUGUAAAUGUCUCAUGGGUAUCUGUUUACUGGUUAGUUAUGUGUGAUAAAGUAUUGUAGGACACAACUGGACGCCAUUUGUUCGAAUACAGCAUUCAACAAGCAUUUCACAGAUUUUCUAGAAACGAGUCCAUGGUAUCCCUUUUCUGACAAUAUGUUUGUUUGCAGGAAUCGCUCAUCUUUGUGAAGGUACGUGCAAGUUGGUGGAGGCAAUUGGCAAGGGUUUAUGUAAUGUAAUGGAUGUUGCAGUUGGUUUCCUAAAAUUGACAGAAAUGGCCACUGCUUGGGUGGGCAGCGCAAUCAACUUUAUCCUCACCGCUUUUAGAGUGAACAGGUAACUUAAUCGGAUCAAUUUAUUUUCCUCUUUCAUUAGCUUUUAGCUUAUAACCUAUAAUAUUUUAACAUAGAUUUUUUUGCACGUAUAUAUAAUAUUUUUAUCUAGUAACCAUUUAUUAACUAUUUAGAAAAGCUGUAAUUUUUUAUCCAUUUCAUUGUAGUAUUAUAAGCAUUGUAAUGUAAAGCGCAUUAGAUCAUAUACCAAUGUAUUUUGCGCUAUAUAAAUAAUAAAGUUAUGUUUUUAUGUUUAUUAUCCAAUUCUUUAAAGAAGACCUAAGAAGUGAAAGACCAUCUGUUUUUAAAGAGUGCGUGUGUUAUUAGAUCGUGACAUUCCAAUCCGGCAGCCGAGGUGCUGCUAAGAUGCCCUGGCUUAUCAACCUGACAAGCCCUCGCCCCCAAAAACUUACAGAAAAACAAAAUACCAUAAAAUUUAUAUUAGCAUAUCUGUUAAACCCUUUCCGAGUACAUAACAAAUUAUCAGCUGACAAGCUAUUGACUGUUUGUCUUGUUAUCUCUUAGUAUUAAAAUUGAAUUCGCCUUGUCAACUUACGCGGCUGGUGGCUUUCCCGACAUGAUAUUUAGUGCGGGAGUCGAUUUGGAGAUAUUUGGGAAAAGCCUGUACCUUUCAAUCGCCUUCAAUCUGAACGACCCCGUCGGCAGUUUAAAAGUUGGAGCUGAUAGUUCCACUGAAUGGUAUAAGAAUAAAAUGAACAAAGAGAAUCCUACGGACACAUCAGAGAACUACUACGAUAAUCCGAAUCCGCAUGUCGACUUUCAGCUAUCAGGUAAAAUGUGGAUGGAAGCGCGAAAUGUAUAAAUAAAUAAGUAAAUGAAUAAUGUUUUAGUGGUAGGCCAUUCACUUGGGGAUUUUCGUGUGUCACAUCUCUCAUAGGAGUGGAAUUUCAGUGGAAAUUUGGCUUUUGGUGAAAAAAAGGGGGCAGAGAACAACGCGGGAAACGUUAAUCUAGCUCUCAAAGCUAGGACCGGGAGCUAAAAACAGAUUGAUCUUUUUAGGCAGCCACUACCUCUACCGUAUAUUUGUUAGACGCCUGAUCUCGUGGUACCAGCCACCCCUCGUGAACUUUAAUCAAACACCUCCCACAGGUUUUCAAAGUUCGGGUUAGUAUUGCAUCUACAUGUAAGUGAAUCACCCUUUCUUCUGCUAUUCUUUUCGUCAAGAACAUUUCUUCAUUGAGAAUCAGCAGUCAGCAACUGAUGACAGAUACGGCCCUUGUCUUUACGUGGACUCCGAGACAGAUGGUGCCUUUAUUAAAGUGACGGGAUGCAAUGAAACUGACGAGAGACAAAGCUGGUAUUAUACACCAAAAGGACAAGUCAAGGUAGUUACAAUGGUCGGCAAUAUUCGCACUUUUUUUUUAUCGAUAAGAGCCUUUACUGAGAUUCAGCUAUAGACGAACCUUUAUACAUACCUGGGACCUAACCACCGAAAUUGCAUACUGUUCAGUCCGAUAUGAGAAAGGAGCCUUUGGAAGCAGAAGCCAUUCCAGUCUUCGUAUGCCUGCGAAGUUGAGUUCAACUUAACAGGUUUACCAUCUGUAAAAAAAUAACCUGCGAUGCCCGUUGCUCCCGACAAAAAAUGCAAAAUGGGCGACGGCUAUUAGAUUUCUCCGCGAUGUUUUUGCAAGUAUACGCCAACUUUUUCUUCUGCAAUAAUGACAAAAAUGUUAACAGAAACAAUAAAUGUACUGUGCUUCCAUCAAAUCGUACGCUCUUAAUAAAUUACUGUUAUAGAGAUGUGGGCGUAAUUAUUUGUUAAAGCAACAACGACUGAAAAAUCUCAUAUUAGAAACUUGAACCACUGACGCGAUCUGUUUUCUUUUAAGAACUCGUAUUCUCAGUUAUGUAUUGAUACAAACGGAGCAUCACAGGGCACGAAUUUGAUCCAAAGCACAUGUGACGAAAGGCAAGACGAUCAGAAUUUCCAGUGUGACCUGGCCGUUAGGUCUAUUAAGAGACGAAGAGCCGACCAAUGUUGGACGUUAGGUGAGUUGGCGAGUUCCAGUUGGUGAGUUGACUACGUUGCAUGCUCCAUUGGCUUCAUCCCCAAGAUGGCUGAUUCGUUCCCUUCUAUACUACUCUUUUGUCAAAGUUUUUCGAUAAGUCGAUUAAUCAAAGGUCUGGUUCGAAUUAGCGGUAGAAGACAUGCACGUGUAAGCAACGAUCUAACGCUCAGAUGGAUCAGGUAUCCUCGGACAUACACGCAAAGGCAUACCACUACCGUUGUACAAGGCGGGCGGGGGGGGGAGGGUUGAUGAAUCCUCUCCCUUGCGUUUUUUGACAUGUCGCAAUAUUUCGAAAAGAUUUUGCUUCCAGUGGAAAGCUUUUCGUCUUCUCGACAAGAUGAGGUUAUUAUUUCAUGGGUGGUGGCGUUGCUCGAGACCUGUAACGUCACCAAUAUGGCCGCCAUCUUGGAUUUAACCCCUAGUUAGAAAUCAGGUAAAAACUGACAGAAAUGUUUUUUUUUUUGUUCUUGACAUGUGAUCUUCUUUAGGAUCAACAAGUGUGAAUGGACCAGGCUCCUUAGUUCACUUUGGUUCCUUAAAAUGUAUCCAUCCGGUUGGUGGAGGCGACAGUGUAUCUGAAGGAAAUAAAUUGAUGAUUUUUGCGGGAUGCAGUGAAAGUCGGUGAGCAGCCUGUAACUUAUAAAGAGAAACUAACUCAAUCAUGUUUACCAAGGCAAGUGAUCCACACACCCUUUUGUGGAGAACCAUUGCAGAAAGACUAUUGAGUCAGCAUAACCGUAGCUCGUAAAUUUAUACCUGUCAAACAGAUUUUUUAGUAAUUGUAGAAAACCGUUGUUUUUGUCAAGAGAAAAUUUCUUUUAAGAACUUAUGUAGAAGUAAACACGACAAUGUUUUUUUUUUUUACAUCAAGGAUUUCUUUGCAGCACUAUUUUAUCGCAUUGUCCAUUACUUUAAUUCAUUGCUAAAGUAAAACAUGAAUCACGGUAAACACAUUUCUGCUAAUAAUUUCAAUAAUGAUUUUCCUGAAAACUUAUAAACAUGAAAAAAUCUCGCUUUCCCUUUUUCCUUACCCGAUAUGAAACUCGAAUGAGGUUUUUUUUUUGGUGAAAGGGGAAUCAAAGCAGAUUGCAGAUCAGUGGAAAGGACGUUAAAACCAAAGGCGGUGACAAAGAAACCAUGGAUCGUAGAUGUCGGAAAGAACAAAAUUCACUGUCACUCUUGAAACAUCUGUUUUAUUAUAAACUAGGCUAGAAUUCAAACUGGACAAUGGUAGCUUAAUCCACACCACGAGUGGAAAAUGCGUGCAGCCAGUUGGAGAAGUAACUGAUGGUGUUGCACUUGGUUUGUACUCGUCAUGUGGUGGCCAUCAGUUUAGUUUUACCACUGGAGGAUCACUUCAGCACGUGGGAAGCACAAAGUGCGUCGACACUCAAUCAGGGGUUAGUAGUCAGCUUUUUCCUGUGCAAACGAUAUCUAAAUUUUCUGUCCAAUUUUUAAUAAAACCAUUACUAAUUUAAGGUUGUUAGUGUGGUGUAAUCAAGGGGGUAAAUUUAGCAAACUUCAAAUCUAGACUAGCCAAGAAAAGGCAAGUCGAUAGUAAGAUCAUUUCAGUUUACUUUGGCUCCAAUAGGCUUAGGCCCGGUUCAGACGCCGAACUUUUCAUGAGCCGAACCUAAUACAUUGAAUUAAGUACAUGAAAAGUUCGGCGUCUGAAUCAAUUAGGAACGCCUGUUUCAAUUUGGAACGGCUCAGCCGUUCUUUUCGCCUAGCCUGGCCGGGAAUUUCGCCUUUGGAACGGCUUUGGAACGGCUUUGAUUCAGACGCUGAACUUUUCAUGUACCUAACCUAAUGCAUAAAUUAUUAUAACGUAUUUUCUAAGCAGUUUGACCGAAAUGAGCAUAUUUCUCCUCCUGAAUUUAGUUCGGCUGGAAUUAAGAUCGGCGUCUGAAUCAAUUCAGCCGGUCCAAAUAAUUUGGGUCGGUCUUAAUUCGAAUUAGGUUCGGCUCAUGAAAAGUACGGUGUCUGAACCGGGCCUUAAUCAGAUGUUAAAAUUUUUAUCCCCCAUUCACUGCAAAGCCCUUCGCGCUAUCUAAAAACAAACCCAAUGGCUUAUCGAACAUAAUCUCCUUUUUGCCUGCUUGAAGCAUAAAAAGAAAAACAUGAAAAUUAAUGAUUAAAAGUGAUUUUCUUUCAGGUCAUGCUGCCAGCUAACAACGAUGAGAUUGUACUGAGCAGCGCAUGUGAAAACACUGACUUUUCGACCUUCAAGGAACACCUUAAAUUCAACUUCAUACCAAGUAAGAAAAUGUUCCUAGCUCAGACGUUUCGAUGUUUUCGCCUUUAAGUAUAAAACUACAAAUGUGUACGCAACUAAAAUCCAUUACAAAAUUCAGAAAUCCUGAUUUGAGGAUGAAGAGCUAGAUUUAAUAAAAUCUUCUGAAAGAAAAAAAGACUAUUAUCUAAUUUUUGCCUUCAGUAUGCUUUAAUUUCAAGUGUUUAGUAAGAUCAUUUUUUAGGAUCUCUCAUAGGAACGUCAGGCUUUAUAACAUGCCCAAAAUCAGUCCUACGUUUGUUUUCAUUGAAUCUUAAUGUAUUUUCCUGAUUGUUUUGAAAUUACUUAAUUGGCAUUUAUUGUCGUCUCAAUCAUACUUCGUUUCGUUUUCAGCUGAUCCCCAUGUUCACCUGGACAAGUGCACCCAUUUUGACCAGGCAAGACUCGACCAGAGGUUUGAGGUUGUCAAUGAAAUUGCCGCCAGCAUUUGUUCCAAGUUUGACCAAAGUAUGUUUUAGUUCUGCUGUUAGUGGUAAUUGGAUGGAUGAAAUAAAGAAAUUAUCAAAAUACCAAGCCAAUUAAAAAAUUUUAAAAGAUAUGUUAAUUCUAAAGCUGUCGGUGGGGAAUUUUGACUAUGUGCAAUGCAUAACUGUAAACACAGGGUUUGCUGGGCUAAGAUCAUAAUUUCGGGAAUACGAUGGCGUAAGUUUAAGAUAGCCAAUUGAAAUUGAAGAUUUCCGCCAUCUAGAUCAUAAUCAUUAUCAUUAUCAUUAUCGUCAUCGUUAUCAUUGUAAUUGUUAUCGUCAUCGUCAUUGUCAUUAAUAUUUUUAUCAAAUUGUUAUUAUUAGUAUUAAUAUUACUUUGCAGAUCUUGCUUUGAAGAAGACAACAGAGCAAUCCAGUACUGAUAACAAUGGCUUCAGCAGCAGGGCAGUAGAUGACAAUUUAGGUCCCUAUUAUGAUAGUAAGUCUUGUACACACACCAAGCAAGAAGAGAAUCCAUGGUGGAGGGUUGAUCUUGGAAGAGAGUACAUUGUCACAGGUGUGUGGGAGUAUUCUACAAUGUGUCGCAAAGUUGCAAAUAUAACUAUAGGCUCCGAUGAAAUAAUGCUGCUAAUAUCAUGUGACGAGUUACUUCGAUAAAUUGGCGCAAAACUUCACUUUUAUAAUUUUACAUGCGAAAUUAAAAAACUGCCAUGGCAACCUUCCGCACGUCUCAGGGCCAACAUGGCAACGAAGUUUUAGAAUUUUAUGAAUGAAGAUGUCAGCGCAGUAAAAGGUGCUAUAGAAAACCUAAACACACGAAAGAGCACAUCAAGAAGGAUUGAAACAGGUAUUUUGUCGAACAAUUUUGAACAUUGUGAGAUCUUUUAAGCUCUUAAUUUUAAGCUCUAAACUUUUGAGAGCGUGGAGUUCUUGAUCGCCAAUUAUGUAAACAUCUCAAAAAUCCACAGGAUUUGGACAAAGCGCGCGUGAAAUUAUUCCUUAAUUUCACUCGUAACCAUUUGAUUACACAUACGUAUGACACGGUGUAGAGUAAACUAUUUGUCCAACUUUGUUUUUAAUAAUAGAAAAAGUCGUGGACAAUUUGAGGAACUACAAGUAAAGCAUCAGCCCAAUAGUUCCUUGAUGCUGCAAGACGUUAGUGAAACCAAGCACUGCGGAAUAAAGCGAAGCACUCUGAUGUUGGAGUGAACAUAAAAGAGCAAUAUUUCGAUAUACAGUAUUAAAAUUCAUACUUACCUCCAAGGCUUAGGGGUAUACAACAAAAGAAAUUAGCUUGAGGCUCAGCAAUGAAUUAUAUAAUAAGUUUGUUGUAUUCCUUUAAGCCUCGUAGCCAAGUAUGAAUUAUGAAAGAUUAAAAUUGGUCAUUCUUCCAUUCUAAGCGCCAUAUGGCAAUUUGCCUUUUGUAUCGUAAAAUAUGUUGUUAUUUUGUGGUUUGUUUUAGACGUGCAGAUUAUUAAUCGUUUUAACCACUAUGAGAGACUCAAGAAUUUUGAAGUAAGAGUUGGUGUUAACGAGGACAACUUACAGAAUCCCACAUGCUCUGACCGAGUUACGUCCGUAGGCCAGGGAGCAGCUUUAACACUUUCUUGCGAUCCACCAAUCCCAGGGCGAUAUGUGUCAGUACAGAUGUUCGGAGAAGGAAUUUUGUCAAUCUGUGAAGUGAUGGUCUACUCAAGAGUCGGUGAGUGAACGCUAGAGUUGAUUUCUUUUUCGUCUGCUGAGUUUUGUAAGCAAAUGGGAAACUGGAGAGACGAUGAAAUGGUCAACACUGACUGCAUAAUUGCGGGCGACUAGAGGAGCCCGGAAUCCUAAUCUGCAGGUUGCUAUUACGCAUGCUUGACACGUAUGUAGCCAGCAUUCGUUUGGACUUCAUCAACAAUGAAUGGAAUGUAUAGAGCACAAUCUGAUCACACGCCUUUUGUACCUUCUAUCACUCGUAAUCUGAUUACCCUCGUAUUGACCUUCUAUCACGUGAAUCUUACGCAAAGCACAAGCUUUGGAGGCGGAUAGCGUUUUGACCUUCGAUUAGAAGCCUUUUAAAAAGUCGCUCCCACUCGUCAUAAAUAAAACUGAUUAGUACUUGGUGACCAGGUUAUGCGUAUUUCUAAAGCAAUACAUUUGCCCACUGCAACAUAAUUGAAGUCCUCUUAAUGCUAAUUAUAACAUAUUUAACAUAAAGUUUACGUAAGCAAAGUUCUAGUUUUGAGAUAAAACAUUUUCAGACAGUUAAGACGAAGCUAAAAAUAACUGGUAUCGGUACCUAGAAAUCUUACAAAUAGACUUGCAUCUCACAUGUGUGUCUCAUUCUGAAUCAGGUGCCUUGGCUGAUCUGUGCCAGCUUGAUAAUGGCGGGUGCGAACAAGUUUGUUAUAACCUGUGUAACCUCAAAGUCCAGUGCGACUGCUGGCCAGGCUAUACACUCGCCUAUGAUGGAAAAACCUGUAUGGGUAAGCACGAUUCAAGUGUCUUGUUAUACGUAAACAUGCGUAUCUCGCAAUUGCGCCUGCUCCUAUCUUUUCGUUUGUGUGAUUCAGCAGUACGAAAACAACUAAACUAAACUGGGAAGAAAACAACGAAACUAGGAAGAGCUUGCCUCAAGGCGUCAAAGGCACUUAAGUCUACUAAUGUAUGAUACAGUGAAUGGAAAUGUACCUAGUUACUUCAGCGAUCUUUUCUCGAAUGUCUGUGAGAACAACCCUUAUAAGUCUAUGCUAAGAAAUACGGAGGAUAAUGUUGUACUGGACCACGUUCCAAAAACAGAAUAUUAUAAAGGGUCUUUCUCAUACAGAGGAGGAAUGCUGUGGAAUUCAUUACCAAAUGACAUAAAAGCGUCCGAAUCUAAAGCUAUCUUUAAAAGAAAACUGGCUAGUAGGCAGGCAAACUGUUGACCACAUUUUACUACAUUUUAUUAUUUGUACAUAUUUUUAGUAUAGUUGUACAGUAUUUACUUCUGUUUCUAUACGGCUUUCAUGUAAGGAAGUUAUGUAACUUAUGAAAUUACCGUAUUCAAAUAAAAGUGAAUCAAUCAAUCAAUCAAAUUUGCUUGGCCAUCCAUGACCAUUGAUAGGUUCUACAACCUUUGGUUUUACAUGAAAACCUUAGCUUUGUGAAUGAAAUCCUUUAAUUCCAUUAGCACGCUGUUUUAAACCACUUUUAUCGAAUUCUACUUUUUCUGUUUGUUUGUGUAAUUAGACAAAGAUGAAUGCCAAUCUAACAAUGGAGGCUGCGAUUACGCACAUGGUUUGUGCAUCAACACUCCAGGAAGCUACCACUGCGCGUGUAAACAGGGAUAUGAACUGCAAGAAAACAGUUUAUUCCUCUGUGAAGGUUAGUACCGGGAUUAUGUAAGUGUUGUCUGUGUAAUGCCUAUUAUUUGACGGCUCCCUAAACAGUAUUUUAUGCAAUAAGAGCCUUUCAGACUCAUAUCCUCUAAGAUCGAAGCCAGUAUACAUACUAUCUAGUGUCUCUUUCUUUCAAUUCCUACUUCGUGGGAGUUUAUAGGCUUGUCACUGCAAGAGCUGAAAUUGCAGCUCAAAGCACCUUGUUACUUCGAAGCAUGUUGUUUGGAUCCUUGGUCUCUAUUAUAAAGUUCCUUACUUUAAUUUAGUGUCAAUGUAUUCUGCACGACACGAAGAAUCAAUUAAAUACAUUUUUUAACCGACUCCACGAUGGGACCGCCAUGACGUAUGUGAUCAUCCGAUAUACUGCUGGACAUAUGCAACUGUUUUUUAUUUCUAUUUGACAUUUGUUUUAAACUCUGUAACCUCCAACUCUGCAGACUAGCGCUUUAUCACUGCAACUGAACAACCACCGACUCCUUAUAGCAGAACUCAUUAUUGGAGUGGAACAUCUUAACAUUUAACCCUUGUUACGUAUUUCAACCGUAGUUGAUUUUGUUUUUCUAUGAACCAUCAGACGAUCGGUUUCUUUUUCAUGCCAAUGACACGAGGACAUAUAUUAAAUAAUUCAUUUUUAAAUUUGAAAACUUUAUUAAGAGGUGAUAUAGAAGGAGUAGAAUUGUAACUUAUUUCAAGGACCAAUUCUUAAUUUUACGCAGACUUCAAUGAAUGUGACCUAAACAAUGCUGGAUGUGAACACGUGUGUAACAACACUGGUGGAAGCUUCAACUGUGAUUGCAGGGCCGGCUUCAAACUAAAAGACGACUUGAGAGGAUGCGAAGGUAAAAUGAACCCUCUUUCAAGAGAGUUGUUUUGAGAAAAAAAAGCUUAAAAAGUAUUUAUGUCUCUUUGUUUAACUUUUAAUGGUCACUGUUCACAGGGCUCAGCUUUCUUUAAAAGAAUUGCAAUUUAAAAAAUUUCAAACGUUUUUCAGUUGGCUACUUUUUUUGCGGUCCCUAGUUCUCCAACUUCUAGGACGUCAAGAGUCAAGCGAUUUCCGUUUUCUUUUCAGACGUAGACGAAUGUGCCGAAGCAGAUGAGGGCGGCUGUGAACACACGUGUACCAACUAUGAAGGCGGAUAUUACUGCUCCUGCAAUGACGGCUACCGACUCAUGGGUGAUGACAAAAGCUGUGAAGGUACGAAUAUUAUGGUAUACGGAUGGAGACGUUUACUAUAUGAAAAGAAUCGGAAAGGAGCGUUGACUCUUUUGCUGUCAAUUAAGUCCUUACACUUGAAGUACUGAAGGUGGGUUUCAGUUUAACAGAUAGUCAAAGCAAAGACUGAAAACUGGAUCAUAUAUCAGAAAGUAAGGCAAAAUGUUAUUCUUGAACAAAGGCAGUAAUAAAACUGGUUUAUGACAACAGGAAAUAGGUCAACAAUUUUACCUUUCUGAAAAAGCAGAAAAAGCCCUCGCUUUUUUUUCCUCUAAACGCAAAAAAAUGGUAUCUCUUUAGCAUUUUCCUCUAAAUUGUUCUUCAAAAAGAGUUUUAAUUAAUUCCUGCUUAGAGCCUCUGUGCACGUCACGCUCGAGCAAUACAUGCACAUAUUCCUGACAGUGCAUUCUCUAAACAAAUAUCAUAUUUUGAUCCUUUUAGAAAUUUACUGUCCUGCUCUGGAAGCUCCUUUCCGUGGCUCCAUCUCUCCUUCAAGCUGCACAGACGAGAGAGCGAACAUCCAGCGUGACACUGCCUGCACCUAUGGCUGCGAGUCUGGACAUUACGUUACAGGCGGAAAUAACUCACUGACCUGUCAAAUUGACGGAUUCUGGCAGGGAACUGUACCCUAUUGUAAACGUAAGUCCCAGUGUGCCUCAAUGGUAGAUAAGAGAGGGGUAUAAUUUUGGUAUUCCAUGUGUUCGCUAACAACUGAACAUCACUCAGUAAAUGCAUUUUCUCCUUGUCAGCGGUUGUUUGCCUGAAGUUGACCGUACCAGACCAAGGUGGUGUGGUUCCAGCAUCUUGUUCCAUGACAGACGUCGAGUACGGUACACGAUGUGUUUUCUAUUGCGAUGACGGAUAUCAAUUGAGUGGUCCCAGAUAUACCACGUGCCAAAAUGAUACAAGCUGGAGUGAGAUCGCAUCUUUGUCUUGCGUUCAAGGUGAGGAUAUUGCCAUUUGUAUAAUCUUAGGAAACUUUGAACUUUGUAAUAAACUACAUCCGCUUUUUAGAAAUGUUUAACCUCCAUGUUUUUGCUAAAUAUUUUCCUAGGUGUUCCUUGUUACUGAUAUAGUCUACUUCAACCUACUUAGUAUUUUUUUGUUUUCCAAUAAUAGUAUACACGGACCCAUGGAUCUCGUGUCCGAUCGACAGAGUGGAAGAACUUGAACCAGACAAAUCAACGGUGGUGCUUGGUUACAAGUGGCAGCUUCCGCGUACCAAUAUGGAUAGCGUUUCCGUGUCUCCAAGCAACUACGAUGAGAAUUACGCCUUCCCUGUUGGAAGACACCGAGUCACGUGGACAGGAAUCAGUGAAAGUGGAACACAUAAAAGCUGCAGUUUCCACAUCACUGUAAAUGGUAAUAGAGAAACACACAAUUUUUGGAAUCGGAAAUCAUGGGCUAGAUAGGUUGUUAAGACAAGUCAGUCUAUUUAUGUAAUACUACAACAUUAAAAUCCUGAUGCAUUACUGAUUCUUGGUAGUAGAGCAUCUGGACUAGUCACCAGAAGGUCAUAGGCUCGACUCCCAGCUACUGGGACUACUGUGAUUUUUUUUCCUUCCGUACCAUGUACUCAACAGGAUUAAAAUUCACCAUCACAUUUCUAAAUACACCAUCACCUUUUUACCAGGUCUUUUACAAAAAAGACUGCGUCAGUCGAAAAGCGCAAAACAACAAAAAAAAACCAUUUUCGAGGAAAAGUAACGACAACAGCAGGUGCAGCCCAAAUGUUAUUAACUGUCUGACUAAUUCGCUUCUCUGCCACAAAUAAAACUUUUGUUGACAGGUGCGCUAUGAUUGGAAAAUUUGAUAAUAGCAUCACCCUGAUCUUGAGCUGUGUUUCUGUGUUUUUUUUUCCUUAGACGUGACUCCUCCCACGGUGCAGAACUGUCCUUCCAACAUUACUGAUCGCACCAACUCACUACAAAAGAGUGUUACGUGGACACCACCAACAUUCACUGACAAUGUUGCUGUAGUGAGCGUACUGUCCAAUCGCGAGCCUGGAUUCAUCAUGGAUACGUAUACGUCACUAACAGUACAAUACACGUCUUCUGAUGCAGCGGGAAACGUUGUUUACUGCACGUUUGACAUCACCUUGGAAGGUAUUCCACUUAUUUCUAUGCCAUCAAGUUUGAAAUUGUAUCAUUUUUUAUAUUUAUUAUUAUUAUAUAAGGUAAUUCCCUCUUUUUUCAAGGGGCAUCACCUACUGCGCAUAACAUUGCGAUUCAAAGGUGGCGGCGAUAUUCGCUGGUUGAAUAAGAGAGGAAACAAGGGCCCAUUUUGUAGUCAAAAUGGUUUUCAUAACAAUUAAGAUAACUCUUCCCGGCUUAAAAAGUGCUAGUCUUAAAUCUCACCCUAGUCCCUUCGCGAAACGAUCAUUUUAAGCCGAAAUUGUAUCUUUGUUGUCUUUUGCGAAGACUGUCAAUUGUGCCAAGUUUGACAAAAUGUGGAUUCUACAUCAUUUUCAAGGGAAUUACCUAAAACAUGCAACUGCAAGUAUAGUGAAGUCUAAUAGGAAUUGAUUUCAGACUUCUGACAUUGUAUCCCCAGAAUGAAUCCGUUAUUUCAUAUUUUUGCAGGAACGACAUGUCCCAUAAUAUCACAUCCAAACAAUGGCCUAGCAACACAGUUUGGCCUUUUCCUACAACUGACUUGCAAUUCUGACUAUUUCUUUAACCCACAACCACCUGGCUAUACGGGCCUCUUCAUUAAUCCUUCAUAUCGAUGCGAGGACAACAAGUGGGUAUCUAUGAAUUCAGAAGAAGCCGUCCUAUCCGGGAAACUGGAUUGUAUGAGUAAGCUCACAGAUUAUUCAUAUUUAUUUAUUUAUUUACUACUACAGCAACCCCUAAAAAAGAGGAUUAUAAGUCGGUGUGGUCAAACAGAAAAAAAAAAGAAAGAAACGGAAAACAAACCUCAAAACAUAAAAACAAGUAACUGGUUGAUUAGCUGGAAAAGUAGCUCAAUUCCGAAACAAUGUGUCCAAAAUCACUCCAACUGUUGAUGGGUGUUUCCAUACACACUGGCCCGGAACCGAGCAGGAUCAACCGAGAGAGUUAAGACAUGUGGAAGCUUGGAGUUCCACUGAACUAUAGUUCUAGGAUAGAGAGACAGUCUGUGAGAGGUUGUAUAGGUGGAAAUCAGGAUGAAGGAGUGGUCAUGGACAUGUCUACUACUGCGGAUUGGUGAACGCAAUUUUUCACCUGGGUUCACUGCACCUAAGUUGUUAGAGAUGCGAUACAACAUGGUCAGGCGCGCGCCGACUCCUCUCUUUUCUCCAGUUAAGCAUCUCUGUCAUGCUUGCUAAUUGCUGCUAUCUCCUCCGUGUCCAUCUGGCGGCCCGUCACUGCACCAUUUUUGCAAUUGUUUUCCACGCCUUUACGAGGGUCCCAAACAACACUGCGGUAUUCCAACAGGGGGCCUAGUAUUAAUGCUUAUGUCUUAGAUUUUAGAGUUGGCGAAUUUAUGCUACGUACGCGUCUUUAACAGGGGUAGUGAAAUAUUUGGUUAAUUAAACCGCCGAAAUGUGUUGCAGAACAGGCUUUUCAAUAGCGGCUUGUUUGUCUGAUCCCACCAAAAGGUUCUGAAGAUUUCAAAACAUCAUGAGGCCAUAAAAAACCGAACGUUCGUACAGUCAACUUCCGUUAUUACGAACACCGUCGGGAACGCGAUUUCUUGUCCUCAAGAGCGAGAGUCCGUAAUGCCGGGAAUUUAUUUCAGUCAAAACCAAGUGUGUAAAUAAUGUUUCUGAUUUGCCUAUUAUGUUUUCCUUGUCAACAGCGAGGUGUCCGCAAGGCGAGAGUUUCAUGACUGUGAAAGUAUUCUUUAGACAGUAACAAGUCCUUUUCCUACUCCAGUUAGAUUUAAGACAGCUCUACAUAUCUUCCAUUCACUUUUUGAAGGAUCAUUUUGUUUAAUUUUCUAUUGUUUUCAGAGUAUGUGACGUACUCCGGCUCACCCUGUUUACCUGGAUCCAUUCUGGUAGAUGAUCAAGUUUGUUGUAAGUAAUCUAGCUCUGAGUCGCUUUGUCAGAUCAUCGAAGGGAAGAGCCCUUACGUCCUUCCGGAAGAUCGUAUACUAGACGGAAUGUUAGCAUGUAGAUGUAAUAAAUACACCUUAUUCGAUGGUUUAGCAUAUAAUACGUGCGGAUAUUUUGCGAGUUGCGUAGUAUUGUUCCAAGCCCUUCAAGGUCUAGGAAAAAUAAGAGCAAAGAGCAAAAUGUCCGCUCGUAUUAUGUGCUAAGCCAUCGAAUAAGAGGUUUAUUAUUCCACUACAAAAAAAUAAAUUGUUAUUUUGUAAUUGGCUUCUAUUUUGGGGGUAAGAGUAUUCAGAAACAUCCUGAUUCCGUCUGUGAGAAUGACGUUAACAAUGAGCAAAAUGUUCGCGCGUAUUAUAUGCCAAACCAUUGAAUGAGAGGUUAAUUAUUCUACUGCAAAAAAAGAAGAAGUUAUUUUGGCUUCUAUUUUCUAUUUUACUUUUGUCCGCCGGUUCAUCCAGUUUUUUGCUUCCGCCGGUCUUGGCCCUGUUGUAAACCGGAUAAACCAGGACACUACAGUGUAGUACGGCCUCGUAUUUUGCACGUUCUCUUGAUCUUAUAUAGUAAAAUGACAUAAUAGUGAAAUAAUAAUGGUUUUUAUUCGGGUAAUACGUGUCCAAAUAAUAAAUGCGCUUUUUGAUAAAAUCAGUCAUAGCAGCGGAAAAAAUAAUGAAAAACCUAGCGAGAUAUUUAAAUAUUUUUUUUAUUUUUUGCAAUGUAUGGGACACAGUUUAUCCCUGUAUUUUGGACAACCAGACUCUGGUGACCUCUCUUAAGACCUCUUUGUAGACCUCUCUGAAGUAAAAUAAACGUAAAAUUAAGCGAUAUGUAGAUCUUAUGCAAAAUAAAUGUAUCUCUUACUGGAAUCAUACCCUUCAACAUUCACAAAAACUUAACUUUUAUUAUAAAAUCAAUUGUCUAAUCAAUCAGAAUUGAAGAUGAAACUCACUUUCUAUUAGAUUGACGUUUUUCUUCGAUAAGGGAUAUGUUCUUGUCUAAACUAGAACCUAAAAUACUGUUUCUACGACUACAAUCACAUGAGUCCUUAUUGUCACAUCUGAUGAAUUCUACUGACUAUUUUAUUAACAUCCAAUUAAUUUCAUUUAUAUCAACUUGCUUUGAAUUGAGAGACAAACUUAUCUCCGGAAUAAGUACUCCUACUGAUGGUUAGAAAUAAACAAUGAUUAAUACGUUUCAAAUUAUUUUAAAUAUUUAAUUUACAAGGAAUCAACGAUUAAUUUCAAGUAGCUUUUGCAAUACUGUAAUAUUUUGUUAUGGUCAUGCAAAUAAAGCUUAUUGUUGUUGUUGUUGUUGUUGUUGAAGUGGAUUAUUUUAGCUUCAUUGCAGGACAUAUCUCCCACAUGACUGAGUCUGCUGCGUAACUUACAAUAUUAUUGAAGAUUUUGCUGAUAGAUCAUCAACAAAAAGUCUGAUAUAUUAAUUUUCCUUUCUAUUGAUUUUUUAUAGUAAAUUGUCCUCCUGGAACUUACGGUGACAGCGAGAGCAACACGUGCAAAGAAUGUGGCAUCGGAUUUUAUCAGGAUGAGGAAGGAAAGCCAGAAUGCCAACCAUGCGCUAAGAGAUAUUCCACCGCCAUUGCGGGAUCCAAGAACAGUAGUGAUUGUCGACGUAAGCAACUAAGCUGAUCUGUUUUCAUCAAAAUCACUUUAGUUUCCUUUAGAAAUAAAGCAAAUAAAUACUUUGUUGUCAGCACGUGCUGUCAUGUAACAGGUGCUCAAUAGACCAUUUACGAAAUCCAAAAACUCACUUUCAAAACAAGGCUUCGUGCAAAACCUUUCUAGUGAAAAUGAGUUUCAUUUUAUUUGCAUGAGAAUUAAAAUAAUCAUUUUCAUAGCAAUGGCUUCACACGGCCUGCUCUCGCGCUAGAAGAGCAGUGGCGGAUCCAGAGGAGGGGCCCUAGGGCCUGUCCCCCCCGCCCCCACCUUAUUUUUCGACGAAAAUUUUUUUUCCAAAUUUUUGGAGACCGCCCACCACCCCCCUCCCCUUAUCUCAGGGUCUUGAUAAACAAGGUUUAUGGUCCACACAAUAGAUCAUUUGCACGAUGACGUCAUUUUACCACUACGACCAGAAACUUUCAGGGUUUUGCUUUCUUGUGCAAAUUAGGGCUUUAGUUUUUUAAACCUCGCUGUGAUUUACCAGAUUUCAAUAUGAAAGGAAAAUAAAAUGGAUUCUGGUCGUAGUACUAAAAUGCAAAAGGCCUAUACGAGACAGUAGCUUAUUCCUUAUUCUUAAUUAAUUUCGCGUGUAUUAAAAUUCGCGAGUUUCGCAAUUUCGGAAAAAUCGCGAAAUUAAGUGAGAGAGGUAAUCAACAUCAAAAAAGAGGAGUCCCUUGUCAAUGCAGCAAGACGAUAACAAAAGUAGAAAAAUCAUGUAAUUAUGUUAUUGAGUUAUUCGUGUACAGUGUAGGUCAUGAGAUAAGUAACAUACCAAAUACCUAUCUUUACAGCUAUUUGCAGAACCGGAAAAUAUUCCACAAACAACGGCGUUUGUCCUUGUAAAAAAUGUCCUCUUGGUACUUACCAAGAUACUGAACAAAUGACCAGCUGUAAAGCAUGUCCUGCUGGGACUAAUACCUUGCAAAAUGGAAGUCAAUCAAUUAACGACUGCGUAGGUAAGUUGGAAGAGACUUUCGGUGACAAGAAGUAGGAUUCCAUAUUUUUUAUUAUGGCUGUUAUGGGUUGUUUACCAUUUUCAAAAAGUUUCCAGAAAAUCCGGUUAGAAAGUAAAUGGAACAAAACGUCUUGGUUCGUUCCAGCGGAAAAUUUCCGGGAGCAACGGAACAUCUGAAAAGGUAGUCCUGUUUUUUCCGGACGGAAUCUCUCAAACGGGAAUUCGUGUUCCAUUUCUUCAAAGCCACCGUUUGAUACCAGUUUCAGGCCUGCCUCCGCGGCCGUUUUUCGGCAAAUUGACCUGAUUUGUGUAAAUGGUAAACGCAAUUCCGGAACGUUCUGAAUUUUGCGUACAUUUUUCCAAACCGUGGACCGAACGGCUUGCGCAUGUAACUGGUAAACAACCAUUGUAGUUCACCUGGGAUAUGGGGUCGGCUCCUGAAAGUCUCAUUAGCACUAAUUCAUGGUUAAUUUUUUUUCCAUGAUUAUUUAGUGUACUUAGCUUACUUUUCUAAUAGACCAUUUUCGAUUCACUCACGUGGUCAGCAGCUGAGCAAGUUUCUUGGAACAAAGGAAACACUUACAUCAUAAACGAUCGAGUUUAAUGCCUGUGGGAUUUCGCCACUGUUUCAUUGUUUCAAUUGCUUCGCUAACAUGGCCGCCGUAACGUCUUACGAAAAGGAUUGUUUUUUUUUUUUUAACACAUAAAUAGUAUGGGCUUGAAAAUUAAAUUUCAUUAGCUUCAGCUAGACAUUUCCACCAAAGAAAACGUUGUUAGACGUUCACCUAACCCGAAGUUAAACUUGUGCAUCUUUCAAGAAGCCAGCCCUAGUUUCUGUAGUGGAAAAGUAAUGUAAACCUCUCUUAGAUUUUCGUUUUACUUUCAGCCCCUGUACAGAUCACCGAAAUUAUUCCAAAUGCCGACUUAAACGUAAUUGAGAGUGAUACAUUCUCAAUCUUGUGCAACGUUGAAGGCAGUCCUGCACCGGACGCUACCUGGAACAAAACUGCUGGUAUGCCUGUUUAUCUAUAAAAUGUAAACUUUAUCUCAGCCGUUUAUCUCACCCAUGAUCAUUUUGACUCCGUUAUUUAAGAACUUAUAUGCCUAAAUUUUCAUGUACGUAGUGGGCAGCUAUAUAUUGGAUAAACGGGUAUAAGGGAAACAAGAUUUUUUCACAAAAAAUAAAAACUGGAGGAAAGUUCGGUGGUAUAAAAUAUAAAAUGAUUUAGAUGGAAAAUUGUUGUAGAAUCUAGUUAAGACAAACUGGAAUAAUUCGGGGAAGCGCUUCAAAAACAUAGAAGAAAAUGAAAAUUAAUUAAUGAAUUAGAGUGUAAGAGGAAAACAUUAAAUUCAGAGAUAAAAGGGUUCAGAGAGAAUUGCUUGUCAACCCUACAAAAUUAUUCUCUAAAGGUUCUCUACCCAUGGACCGUACUACAAUCAACCAUAUUUACGACCUGGAGGCAAAACUAACGGGUGUGGAAAUGGUUAUUACGGGAGCGGUGGUCUCUGAUUCAGGCACUUACGAGUGUAAAGCCACUAACACGCAGGGCACGGUUACCAAGCAAAUAUAUGUUCAAGUAGAUGCUGUAGAAGGUUCAAGUACAAGGUACUUUAGAUGUUAG